AUGGUGCGCCACAAGAAGGACGGCUUUGGAGGCCGCGGAGGUCGCGGCGGCCGCGGUGGCGGCAAGAAAUACAGCAACCCGCCUCGCCAACGGGGCCCACGCGACACCGAGGACGGCGGCGAAGAGGAGGGCGAGCGCGUGGCCAAGAGACCGUCCUUCAAGGCUGCCGCAUGGGAUCUGGGGCACUGCGACGCCAAGCGGUGCUCCGGCAAGCGCCUCAUGCGUCUCGGCAUGAUGCGCGAGCUGCACAUCGGCCAGAAGUUUGCCGGCGUCGUCGUGUCGCCAAAGGCCAAGAAGACCGUUUCCCCCCAAGACCGCGAGCUGUGCGAGCAGUACGGUGCCGCAGUCGUCGAGGCCUCGUGGAACAGGAUCGACGAAGUGCCCUUCUCGCGCAUUGGCGGCAAGUGCGAGCGCCUACUACCAUACCUAGUCGCUGCGAACCCCACCAACUAUGGACGGCCGUGGCGACUGAACUGUGUCGAGGCACUUGCCGCUUGCUACGCUAUCUGUGGGCACCUCGAAUGGGCUGAGGAAAUACUCGCAUCCUUCUCCUACGGCGACGCUUUUCUUGAAAUGAAUGCCGCAUUGUUGAAGCGCUACGCUGCCUGCUCAACCGAAGAGGAGGUUUUGAAGGCCGAGCAGGCUUGGCUGGAUAAGAUCGAGAGGGAAUACAACACAAGCAGAGACGACAAAGCAGCGCUAGGAGAGGGUGAUGCUUGGGAGGGUGGCAACAUGAACAGACGCGUCCCGGACGACUCGGAUGACGAAGACGAAGAAAAAGAGGCUGGGGACGAGGACGAGGACGAGGACGAGGAGGAACGUGACCCGUACGGCUUACCACCCGAGGAGUCUGAUGACGAAGAGGAAAUGGCAGAGCUACGCCGGCGCGUGCUGGCCUCGAAACCCUUCGCCAAUCCCGAACCGGAGGCGAAGAAGGAGGCUGAGACGAGAUCCGAAGUCCCACCAGUGUUGCAAGAAGACUCCGAUGCAGAAUCAGGGUCAGACAUCGCGGGUAUGGACGAUGAGUUCGACAACAUCAUCAACGCCACACCUGUUACGGAUAGGACUGGUAUAACGGCGAAGCAGAGACUCAAGUCUCAGGACACCACCGUAGUAAGUGCGAGCUUCUCAAGGGCCAGCCUUAGCGCCCCGAAAAAGUGGUAG